GCCCUGAAUUUUCAGCUGAUUGAUUAUCUCACAAGCUGUAAGCAGCUAGAAAUUUUCAUGCUUUUUUUCCAACCAGCUUGUUGGUGAAUUUCCCUCCUCAGUUGCCAAUCUGUCAAGCAAUCUCCAACACUUUUGCAUUGCUAACAAUUUGUUGACUGGCAGCUUCCCCCAGGGGUUUGAUAAGUUUCACAACCUCAUUUCUCUUUCAAUAGAGCAAAAUGCUUUUACAGGUGAGAUACCAAAGAACAUAGCAAAACUUAAAAAGUUACAGAGUUUUAGUGUGUUCCAGAACAUGUUAUCAGGAGAAAUUCCAGAUAUCUUUGGUAAUCUUACACAACCUUCCGACGAUCAAAUGGACAAUAACAAGUUAUCCGGAAAAAUUCCCAAUAGCUUGGGAUUCUGCCAGCAAAUAGAGACAUUGAACCUGGCUUCGAAUAGGCUCAAUGGAAGCAUUCCAAAUGAGAUUUUCAGAGUUUCAAGUUUAACCAACUUGAAUCUGUCACACAACAAACUUUGGGGUCCUCUCCCCAGUGAAGUUGGUAACUUAAAGCAGCUUCAAGUGGUGGAUGUUUCUGAUAAUCAGUUGUCUGGGAAUUUGGCUGCAUCAAUUGGUGGCUGUGUUACUUUGCAAUUGCUCAACUUGUCCAAAAAUAAUAUCAGCGGUGGAAUUCCUGGUUCAGUAGGAAAGCUAACCUCCCUGGAGGUUUUGGAUCUCUCCUUUAAUAAAUUUUCUGGACCAAUUCCCCGAGACUUGGAAAAUCUUCAGUAUCUGAAGAAGUUAAAUUUGUCUUUCAAUCAUUUGGAAGGAGAAGUUCCAAAAGGAAAAGUCUUCUUGAAUCUUAGCCUGACCUCUGUUCAGGGAAACAAUGGGCUCUGCAGUGGUGAUCAAGAAAUUGCAAGGUAUUUGGAACUCCCUCAGUGUAAAACAAGAGCAAUAAAAAGGUAUCAUCUGCUUAAGAUUCUAGUUUCAGCAGCGGGAGUCACUUUAUUCUUAUGUUUAAUUUUCUGCUUUUUAUGGGCUUUGAGACCUGGAAAGAAGAAAAACAAGGUGGACAAAGACGGUGAACCUUCACCUUCAUUGAAGGGGUUGCUUCCAAUGAUAUCUUACUCAGAUAUCCGGCUUGCUACAAGCAAUUUUGCAGCUGAAAAUCUGAUUGGAAAGGGUGGUUUUGGCUCUGUUUAUAAAGGUUCAUUCAUCACUAGUGACAAUGGAGCCAACACCAGUAACAUUACCCUUGCUGUGAAGGCUCUUGACUUGCAACAAAGCAAAGCCCUUCAAAGUUUUUUUGCUGAAUGUGAGACCUUGAGGAAUAUUAGGCAUCGAAAUCUCAUGAAGAUCAUCACCUCAUGCUUUAGUAUUGAUCAUAAAGGAGAUCAAUUCAAGGCCUUGCUUAUGGAGUUCAUGCCCAGUGGCAACCUAGAUAGGUGGUUAUAUCCUGAGGAUAUGGAAUCUGGGUUAUCAUUAUCCUCGUUGCAAAGACUCAAUAUCGCCAUCGAUGUAGCUUCUGCUAUGGAGUACUUGCACAAUGACUGCGAACCGCCAAUUGUGCACUGCGAUUUGAAACCUGCGAAUGUACUUUUGGAUGAAAAUAUGGCGGCUCAUGUAGGGGAUUUUGGAUUGGCAAGAUUCCUUCCUCAACACCCUUCACAAGAGGAGAGCAGCACAAUAGGAGUCAAGGGCUCAAUUGGUUACAUUGCUCCAGAGUAUGGUCUAGGUGGCAAAUCUUCAACCAGUGGAGAUGUCUACAGUUUUGGAAUCCCUCUGCUAGAAAUGUUCAUAGCAAAGAGGCCAACUGAUGGAAUGUUCAAAGAAGGAUUGAGCCUCAAUCAAUUUGAAUCAGCGGUGGAUAGUGAUCAAGCUUUUGAGAUUGCUGAUCCGAGGCUUUUCAAGGAUUUUUGAAGUUCAAAGAAGAGCUCAUUCAAUACUUAUUCUAUUGACAGAAGCAGCAGCACCAAGAAUGACAGUUAUUGGCCUGGCAAAUAUGAAGAGUGUUUAUCAGCUAUAAUUAGAGUUGGAUUGUCAUGUGCAGCUCCAUCAGCAAAAGAUCGUUUAUCAAUGAGAGAAACAUUAGCAAAGUUGCAUGAGAUUAAGAAUUCUUUACUUAAUUAAGGUCGAAACCAUGUAAGGCAGCCCA